GUCUUUCCUUGUUUGGCUUAAGGUUAUGUCGCCGCCCUAAUCGACCGACAGGUGAGUGGAGUGAUGGGUGGUGAUGAUUCUCAUUCUCAAGAGCAGAGGAGGAGGAGGAGGAGGUUAGGGGCGGUGUGGAAGCUUAAAGUUUGUGUGAGAGCCAAUCGUUUCAGUUUGAAACUCAAUCUACGUUCUUGGAAGCUUCACCGGUUGUCAUUCUCCCUAAGAUUCCGGAAUCAUCAUCUCAAAGUGGAUUCUCAAUCCAAACACGAUUGCGUCAGAUUCCUACGGCGUCUCGCAAUCUUCCGUAGGCGGAGGCGGGGAGAAGUGGAUACGAAGCAUCUCAUGGCAUUGGUUAGGAACCGAGCUGUGCUAAUGGCAAAGAAAGCAAGAGGCGCGGGUGCCCUAACUCUAGUGAUCAUCAUCCUUUUCAAUUAUCUAAUGCCAUGGACCAAGCUGAGCACCGAAUCAUUCCAAUUAGGUUAUGCGUUGUUUGGUAUUAAUUAAGAACUGAUUAAGGCCAUUUCAAAGUGUAUUCUUUGUCCUACCCUUACAACAUACAGCAUUAAUAAUAAUAUACCACACCAUAUAUAUUGUA